GCACUGCUACAACAUGGGCUACUUGUACAUUAACUCUGCAACUCACCAUGCAAACCCAUCAUCUCCCCCUAUACAUUUGGCAACUUCUCAGCACAGAAAUCAAAAAGCUCAUUUGAUUGUUAGCAUGUAGGAUUCACUAUCAUGAUACACAAGAAGCAGCCAAUUACUGAAAAGUUUUGAGCUUACUCGUUGCCCUACCCAGAAAAGUUUGCUGAUGUUCUGGCAUAUGUUUCUAUGAUCUCUCCAGGAGGAGACAGCUCUGUAGCCAUCUCAUUUGAGAAUAAAAUCUGGAAAGAAAGUCAAGUUCUCUCACCUGUCUGUAUUGCCUGAUAAUAGAACUGUCAAUUGAAUAAGUUAGGAAGGUUUCUUAAGAUAUUAAGGAGCUGGUGGAGAGGAAAUGGGAGGAUUUGGUAAAGAGAAGGUUCAUCCUGUCAUUAUGAGUAAGCAUCGGGAUGGAACAAAUACAAGCAAGAAACGAGUUCAAGCAUCAUCAGUCAUGGAAUCCCCACUGCAUGAGAAGGACCAAUUACAGUCAGUGUCAACUUCAAUGGAUUCACAGAUUCAAUCCCGCUGCCUUGUCUGUUUGGGCAACAAUAGUUGCCGGACGGUUCGUUCAAGAACAAAGCUGAUGAACAUUUUGAUUGAAAAAGGAAAGCCUCAAGAAGCCCAGUUAAUUUUCAACAGUUUAACCGAAGAAGGACACCGGCCAACUCUUAUAACAUAUACAACUCUCUUAGCAGCCUUGACCCGCCAGAAGCGUUUCAAGUCCAUUCCUUCACUCAUCUCCAAGUUGGAAAAGAAUGGUCUAAAGCCUGACUCUGUAUUUUUCAAUGCCAUGAUCAAUGCUUUCUCUGAAUCUGGGAAUGUUAAAGAAGCCAUGAAAAUCUUUCGGAAAAUGAAGGACAGGGGAUGUAAGCCUACAACUAGUACCUUUAAUACCUUGAUUAAAGGGUACGGGAAUGCUGGUAUGCCAGAAGAAUGUCUGAAGCUGCUAGAUUUAAUGUCACAGGAAGAAAAUGUGAAGCCUAAUGAUAGAACUUUCAAUAGUCUUAUCAGAGCAUGGUGUAACAAGAAGAGAAUAACAGAAGCAUGGAAUGUAGUGUACAAGAUGGCUGCAUCUGGUCUGCAACCCGAUGUUGUCACAUAUAACACACUAGCAAGGGCUUAUGCACAGAAUGGGGAGACUAGUAGAGCCGAAGGAAUGAUAUUAGAGAUGCAGAACAACAGAGUUAUGCCCAAUGAGCGAACUUGUGGCAUCAUCAUAAAUGGAUAUUGCAAAGAAGGCAAAAUGAAGGAUGCCUUGAGGUUCUUGUACAGGAUGAGGAAUUAUGGCGUGCAUCCCAAUCUUGUUAUCUUCAACUCUCUUAUCAAAGGAUUUUUAGACAUUACAGACACUGAUGGAGUUGAUGAGGCUUUGACGUUGAUGGAAGAAUUUGGCGUCAAACCAGAUGUGGUAACAUUUAGCACGAUAAUGAAUGCAUGGAGUUCAGUAGGUCUCAUGGACAAGUGCCAGGAGAUCUUUGAUGACAUGGUGAAGGCUGGCAUAGAACCUGAUAUCCAUGCAUUCAGCAUUCUUGCAAAAGGCUAUGUGCGCGCUGGAGAACCUGAGAAAGCCGAGUCCCUCCUGACAGCCAUGGGCAAAUCUGGUGUGCAGCCAAAUGUUGUAAUUUUCACUACCAUUAUCAGUGGAUGGUGCAGUGCAGGAAAAAUGGAAUAUGCUUCCCGAGUUUAUGAGAAAAUGUGCGAAAUGGGCAUUUGCCCCAAUUUAAAAACUUUUGAGACUCUAAUAUGGGGUUAUGGAGAAGCAAAAGAACCACAGAAAGCAGAAGAAUUGCUUCAAAUUAUGGAACAGAAGGGUGUUGCCCCUGUCAAGAGCACUAUCCAGCUGGUUGCAGAUGCCUGGCAUGCCCUUGGUUUAGCGAAUGAAGCCAAGAGAAUAAAGAAUGAUGUUGAAGAAGCUCCCAAAGUCAUGAUAAGUACUAAGGAGGAUGAUGUAGCAGCAGAGAGCCUGGAAAGGAUUUAUCAGAAGCAAAACUUGAAGGCUUCAUAUUCAGAUAUUGUACAGGUCCCUGGUAUAGUCAUGACUGAUCAAAACGGGUCCACUGCUGCAAACAUAAGAAGCCGGAUGAUCAUGAAAGGACCCGGGUCUCCACCGGAGAAUUUGUGGACUGCGACGAAAUCCAUGUUUCUUGCUCAAGCAUCUGGGUUCAGGGUGAGGCCAUCCUUUAUCUGCAGGACCCAGUUCCAAGGCCAGGUUGGGGUAUGUGGGCAAUGUGUUAAUUCAUGUAGAUUGGUGUUUCUAACCUAACAAAACCCCAUGUGGCUGAGAUGUGGGAAGGAUUGGCAUGUCCCUAGCACUCAACCCAAGCUGUAGAUAGUAAAGGGAGCCUUGUUGAAUUUCAAAAUCUUAUGGAAUCACAAACAUAUACCCUCCAUUUUAUUUGACUUCACUAGUCAAUUUGUAUUAAUGUAUCUACGCUAUUUCUGUUCAUUCAGAGGCAGACGAAGACACUGUCACAUUCUUUAUGAAAGUAAUGAGGCCAUCCUUUAUCUGCAGGACCCAGUUCCAAGGCCAGGUUGGGGUAUGUGGGCAAUGUGUUAAUUCAUGUAGAUUGGUGUUUCUAACCUAACAAAACCCCAUGUGGCUGAGAUGUGGGAAGGAUUGGCAUGUCCCUAGCACUCAACCCAAGCUGUAGAUAGUAAAGGGAGCCUUGUUGAAUUUCAAAAUCUUAUGGAAUCACAAACAUAUACCCUCCAUUUUAUUUGACUUCACUAGUCAAUUUGUAUUAAUGUAUCUACGCUAUUUCUGUUCAUUCAGAGGCAGACGAAGACACUGUCACAUUCUUUAUGAAAGUAAUGAGGCCAUCCUUUAUCUGCAGGACCCAGUUCCAAGGCCAGGUUGGGGUAUGUGGGCAAUGUGUUAAUUCAUGUAGAUUGGUGUUUCUAACCUAACAAAACCCCAUGUGGCUGAGAUGUGGGAAGGAUUGGCAUGUCCCUAGCACUCAACCCAAGCUGUAGAUAGUAAAGGGAGCCUUGUUGAAUUUCAAAAUCUUAUGGAAUCACAAACAUAUACCCUCCAUUUUAUUUGACUUCACUAGUCAAUUUGUAUUAAUGUAUCUACGCUAUUUCUGUUCAUUCAGAGGCAGACGAAGACACUGUCACAUUCUUUAUGAAAGUAAUGAAAAAUGCCUUUAUUUUGAGAAA